AUGACGCCAGAUCAGGUCGCCGCCUACCUCACGAAACAAGCCGCCCUCAAGCAAACCUCACCAAUCAUGGCCGAUAACGAACCCAUCCGCGAGGAGGAGCCUCGCCCGGACAUCAUCCAGGAUGACGAUAACAACGACGAGGAGGAGAUCACCGCCAUGAAGAAGCGCGUUCAGGAAAUGGAGGCCGAGGCGGCCAAGCUUCGCGAGAUGCAGGCUUCCCUCGACUCCCAGACCGAGACUCUCCGUGAGAACAAGGAGGACAUUGACGCGCGUAGUGUCUUCGUCGGCAAUGUGGAUUACGGUGCCUCGCCUGAGGAGAUUCAGGCCCACUUCCAGAGCUGCGGCUCCAUCAACCGCGUCACCAUCCUUCUCGACAAGUUCACCGGACAUCCGAAGGGGUACGCGUAUGUCGAGUUCACUGAACCCAGUCUCGUUGGUCAGGCCCUCGUCCUCAACGAGAGCGUCUUCCGCGGCCGUAACAUCAAGGUCGUCCCCAAGCGCACCAACCUUCCUGGCAUGGCGCGCGGUCGUGGUCGCGGCGGCGGCGCUCCUCGUGGCCGUGGCGGCUGGGGUGGACGUGGCGGCUACGGCCCUCCUCCUCCCCGUGGCGGGUAA